AUGCUGCGGGGCCCGACCUCCCUGCCCGCGGCCCUCUCGCUCCUCCUGGCCACGGCGGGGAGCCUCUGGCCGACGCCGGUCGGCGCGCAGAACGCUGGGUUUGUCAAGUCGCCUAUGUCAGAGACUAAGCUCACAGGGGACGCCUUUGAACUGUAUUGUGACGUGGUUGGGAACCCCACCCCAGAGAUCCAGUGGUGGUACGCAGAAGUCAACCGGGCUGAAUCUUUCAAACAGCUGUGGGAUGGUGCUCGAAAGCGCCGUGUCACCAUUAACACGGCCUACGGGGUGAAUGGCGUGAGCGUGCUGAGAAUCACUCGUCUUACCUUGGAAGACUCUGGGACAUAUGAGUGCAGGGCGAGCAACGAUCCCAGAAGGAAUGACUUGAGGCAAAAUCCUGCCAUAACGUGGAUACGAGCCCAGGCUACUAUAAGCGUCCUUCAGAAGCCCCAGAUCAAUUCCAGUAAUGAGGUGAUCAUUACUUCCCCUGCAAUUCCUAUCCUACUACAGUGCAACCUCACCACUAGCCCCAGCCCCCUCCUUCACAGCUACUGGGUAAAAAAUGGAGAAGAGAUGCCAAGUACCAUAAAGAAUUCAGACACGACAGAAUACAAAAUCUCAAAGCCUAGAGCUGAUGAUUCAGGCGAAUAUUGGUGCGUAUUUGUAUUUGCUGGCUCCCCCGAAGCAAAUGCUACAAUAGAAGUGAAAGCGGCUCCCGAUAUUACUGGGCAUAAGCGAAGUGAGAACAAGAACGAAGGGCAGAAGGCAUUGAUGUAUUGCAAGUCUGUUGGCUACCCACAUCCAAAAUGGACGUGGGCCAAAAAAAUCAACGGGAUGUCUGUGGGUAUUGACAACUCUUCCGGUCGCUUCUUCAUUACCAACAAAGAGAACUACACCGAACUCAGUAUUGUGAGCCUCCACAUCAACGACGAUCCUGGUGAUUACGAAUGCAAUGCCACAAACCCCGUGGGCACGGCCACUGAAAUCACCAUCCUGCGUGUACGCAGCCACUUGGCUCCUCUCUGGCCCUUCCUGGGAAUUCUGGCAGAGAUCAUCAUUCUUGUGGUUAUCAUAGUGGUUUAUGAGAAAAGGAAGCGGCCAGAUGAGGUUCCAGAUGACGAUGAACCAGCUGGCCCAAUGAAAACUAAUUCCACAAACAACCAUAAAGAUAAAAAUCUACGUCAGAGAAAUACAAAUUAAAAGCAACGCUUAUAGCUUUACGUUUGAGAGACUGACAGAAACGCCACUUGCUAGACUGAACUCCGAAGGUUGAUUUGCAAACUCCAUUUUUCUCUGAUGCUUUUCUUUGAAGUGGGCAACGGUGACCGUCUCAAGCAUGCCUUAUUUAGCCGAUACUUUUACUAAUGCUUCAGAAUAGAAGAUGUAAACUAUUCUGGGCUUGAUAUGCUGUGGGAAUGUUGCUUUUUUUUUUCCUUUUGAGAACUCUAAGUAUUACAAGUAAGAAGUCCAAUCAUGCAUGCAGCAUUUUUUUUUUUUACUUAACGUAGCUGUUAAAAAAAAUGAGCUCUGAAAUGCACCUGCUGCCAUCUAGUGAAAACCUUUUGUAAAGUACAGCAAAACCUAAAAUAUAUACAGUAUAUAUUUAUAUUUGGAGGGCGGGGAAACCAAACUACAGUGAGUAUUUGAUUUUUAAGCUGCUGAAUUCAUUCCUUAUAUUGUACGUCUGAGAGAAUUAUGUCCAGUAUGUAGGAGGAAUAGUGUAAACUGACAUUUGUCCUAAGGGCUCAAUCUGUACAGAAAGAAUUGAGAUAUCCUAUAAUUAUAGAAUGCAGGAUGUGGUCUAACCCAAAAGACAGUGAUGGUGAAAUACAGUGAGACACUUUUGUUUAUAUACAUAUUAUGGCUUUAAUUUUUUUUCCCCUUUAAAUCAUGUAUAUUUCUCAUCUUUUUUGCACUGAUGGGUUGACAGUCUUGUACAUUCAAUUCAGGCCGAAUUUUAUAAUUUCUCCUCCCUUUUUGUUUGUUUUAAUGAUGUUGAAACAGCAUCACGGCAUGGUGAUACUCUAUGCAACUUCGUUUGUUUCAUUUUUGGCAUUAAUCCAUGUUGAUUUAGGAUGACUGUAGAAUCACAGACAUUACAGGGUUCUUAGGUGAUGGGCGUACCUGUAGAUGCAUGACACUUGUGGUGUGUAUAUUGUUGAAGUGCAACGCUAAUGUAUAAAAGGGAUUCCACUGUUUUUAAAAAUAAAGCCUAAAUAAAACCGUAGCUCUGGGACCAUU